GGCUAUUCAGGGCAUGUACUGAGCCGAUAUUGAAGAAAGACACUAGAUCUGGAUGUACCCAAUUAGGUACUGAGUCUUAGUUAAUCGCGUCAAGCAGAUGUGGUUUGGCAAGUCAUUUUAGCAUCUUGCUAGCCAGCUACCUAGAUACCCAGAUACGCCCACCGCGGCUUUCUCACACAGACAUGAGCCAUGGCCUUCGAAGAGGGUCUUCCUAUUGACAUCUUUUGGCUAGUCUUUGAACAACUAAUUGGCGACACGAAUACCCUCGCCACUAUCGGGCUGGUCUCUCGCAAAUGGCGAAACGUCUCUCUUCCUACCUUGCUUAGCCGUGUCGAUCUCAGCAGCCACAACAACGGUCGGCUUCCUGAGUAUGAGGACGAGGAUUUCCCCCCGGUUAGCCUUGUCAUGGCCGACUACUCUGAUAGAUACCGGCCUGGGAACCUGGUCACACGUCAGAGGGCGUUUCUUCGUCUUAUGACUGAUCGUCCCGAGCUCGCGAUAUACGUGAAGGCUUUGGCUUGGACUCUCAUAUGGAUUGACUUUGGCGAGCAGGAACUAUCAAAGAUUGACCUGCGCACUUGGGAUGUAUUUGCUCUUUUGCGAAACGUCAGAUACCUGGACCUCGCAUCGCUGCAUGAGAUCGGCGGCUAUGAACCCUUCAUUCGACAGAACCCUUCCAGGCUCUUUCCCGCCGUUACUCGCCUCCGUCUUGUGGGAUGGAUGCACCGUGGACUGGUGAAAGCCAUAGUCUCCUCACUCAAUGCGUCCAAGCUGGCCUCUCUUGAACUUCAUUACUUGGAGGAUGAAGGUGCUUUACCUGACGGCCAACCAAUACCGAGUGGAUUGGCCCGCCAAUACGCCCAUAGGUCUGGCAAUCCUUACGAUAGCAUUGGUAUUGAUGAUGAGCUUUGGGCGCGGCAAGAGCGAGGCCAAGCUGCUAUCUUUCCUGGGCCAAUGUGGUUUCCCUUGCGCUUGCUGCGUCAACAAUGCUUGAGCUCAAUGACCCAUUUUCAAAUUAGGCUGAUCCCUGCUACCCAUACGCUUGACCAACGUAACUACAAUACCAUGUUUAACGAAACAGUUCAAUUCAUUCAGAGCACGAAAGAUACACUCAAAUCUCUAUCCAUUGGAUUGGGAGAAAAUCCCAUAUACCACUGCGGAGACGAGGUGCUGCGCACCGUGUGUGGUACAGGUCGGAUGCGGUUGAAAUUCACCUACCGCCCCAUGUGUUUUGACCUAACUUCGGCCUUCCUCCAUCGGUUGCUUGCAGUACUCACUGAAGAACAGUUCCCACAUCUCACACGAGUCGAAUUGGUGGGAUUCCGUAUCUUGCGGACCGGCUCUUCUUCGCGAGCAAACCCUGAGUUGACAUGGCAAUACAUCCGCAAUUGCCCCUUUGUCGACGAGGAAUUCCUUGAAAUAGCUAAUAUCAGCUGCCGAUACCCGUUCUGUGGUCAUGAUUACGACCUCCCGAAAAUGGGUCAGAAUAAGUUCGAUGCAUUAAAGGAGAUUCUGAGAGCAAGCUAAGAGAUAGGAUCAGAACCCUUUCUACGUUUGUGGUGUUACCUACAUGUUGAUGUGUGUGUAUGCCACAAUGGAAUGAAACAACAUCCUCUUUUUGUGGACUAGGAUUGACAGGAAUCAUGUCUGCCUCAAACGUUGAGCAUGUUGAUUGAGUAGCUACAAAGCAUAGCGGGCGAACACAAUACAAUGGUCAAUUAGGGCCGCAUCAGUCCUUGAGCAACCAAUUCCUUCUUGACAUUGGUGGCUUGACUCGACUCUAUAUACAAGUGGUCUGCCAGCCCAGCCCGCCUAGGUCUCAAGGGCUUGUUUCAAGAAGCGAAGUCUGUAUAACCUCACUUUCCAAUAUUGCC